CCCAAUACAAUGUACAAUAACUUCCGCCCAAUCCCCUCCCAUUAACUCCAGUUUGUUUGGGUAGCUAGUUUACUAGUGUGCGUUUAUCUUUUCAUUAGAGUAUUGAACUCUGAAGUGCGAAGUGAUCUGUUACUUUUAUUAAUUAAUCGGCGAUGAUUGAUGGAUAAAGUAACUUUUGCAAAAUUAAAACUUAAUUGUUCCAUCACUAUUUUGCGUAAAUUUAUAUUCUCUUCGGUAUUGUGAACUUCGUGUUAGAGCAUGUGUUUUUUAUUAAAUUGCAUUCGUGUUGGUGUUUUAAGCAAUUUGUAAUCGUAUGUGUUUUCUUAUUUUUUCUAAACGUAUAUUGUCGUAGUUAUUCGUUGAAAAAAAUAUACUGCAUUCGUACAAAUAUGAUCAAAGAUGUUUCACGAUUCUAACACGUGAUCGAAAGCUUUUUGAAAUUGUAAUUACGAAGAGGGUGAAGACGAAAAAAAAAAAAAUCGCCACGCGCAAGUAUUCAGCGUUGGAGCACGAUGCGGUUGCGCAACUUGUAAAACACAGAGAGAAACAUCGUCUAGCGAAUGGUGAUUGCCCUCAUUUUGAAAAUUUGCAACGUCUAGCACUGUCGCAGAAAUUCUCGAUGCGUUUAUCGCGUUAAAAUUUAUUUAUAUGUUGUUUUUGUUGUUGUUUUAUUAUCGUUAUCCUUAUUCUAAUUAUUAUUGUUAUCGUUGACUUUUUUUUUUUUCAUCGUAAAAAUUAUUUCCCACAGUGAUUUUGCGAUAGAGUGUUUAGUUUAAUGUAAAUUUUUUCUCGAGCUCGUGUUCAUAAUUUUUGUAUCACUUAUUUUAUCGUGUGGUCGUUUUCGUUGCAAAUUUUCGUAUCUAGUAAUCUCGAUUCUCGCAUCUUUGCGGAUUACUUUGAGGAGAAAAAAAUAAGCGAGAAUUCAACGAUAUGUGGCGUCGUCGUACGCGAUUAUAAUAUGCGUUCGCGAUAAUACUCGUACCUGUACUCGAAUCGAAUCAAAUUUGAGAUGAAGAAGUUUUGACGUAGAAUCUGCCCUGUUUAUUCGCAGUAUCUUAUCAUCGUCGUCAUCAUGUCAUCAUCUCUGCUGGCUGUAUAUUUCUUCGUCUUGUUUGUCUGCACUUUACACCAAGGCCAGACUGCUUGGCAAGAUAAUGAACUUGCCAAAAUCAGCGUCGUGUUGGGCAAUCAUAACGUGCACAGAUUCGUCGGAAAUACAACCCACACCGAUUAUUUUAAAUUAGUGGUUCGCGAUGGAAAUUCAUUACUGAUUGCCGGACGUAACGCAAUCUACAAUGUGAGCGCUACGGAUCUUUCUUUACACCAAGUAUUGGAAUGGUAUUCGGAGCAAGAUCCUAUCAAUAUGUGUAUCCUGAAGGGUAAAAAUGAGGAAAAUUGUCAGAAUUACAUUAGAAUCGUUGCGAGAACAGUAUCCGGGAGAUUACUAGUCUGCGGUACGAACUCAUUUAAACCUCUAUGUCGCGAAUACGCUAUUCAGGUCGGAUCUUAUACGAACAUGUUGGAAAAAUCUGGUCAAGCUAUUUGCCCGUACGAUCCUAGACAUAACAGUACCUUCAUCUAUGUCGAUAACGAAUUAUACGCUGGCACGGUGGCCGAUUUCGCUGGUACGGAUCCGAUCAUCUAUCGCGAACCGUUACAAACCGAGCAGUACGAUUCGAUGAGCUUGAACGCUCCUAAUUUCGUGAACGCUCUGACGUUGGGUGAUUUCGUUUAUUUCUUCUUUCGAGAAACCGCCGUCGAAUACAUCAACUGUGGAAAGGCGGUAUUUUCUAGAGUAGCUCGAGUCUGUAAACAUGACCGAGGAGGACCGCAUAGAUUUCGUAACAGAUGGACGUCGUUUUUGAAGUCGCGUUUGAAUUGCUCAGUUUCCGGAGAAUUUCCUUUCUAUUUUAACGAAAUACAAUCAACCAGCGACUGGAUCGUGGGUAAUUAUAGCGGACACGAAGCCCAUCUGGUCUACGGAGUAUUUACCACGCCGGCAAACAGCAUCACCGGUUCGGCAAUCUGCGCGUUUUCACUUCAAGACGUCAGCGACACGUUCGAGGGUAAUUUUAAAGAACAAUCCGAAUUGAAUUCCAAUUGGCUUCCAGUUAUGAGCUCCAAAGUUCCUGAUCCGAGACCAGGUCAAUGUGUUAAUGAUUCCAGAACGUUACCAGAUCUAACUUUGAAUUUUAUUAAAAUGCAUUCGUUGAUGGAUGAAGCGGUUCCGUCGUAUUUCAAGCAGCCUUUGUUUAUUCGUACUGCUGCCGAUCAUAGAUUUACUCAUAUAACCGUCGAUCCUCAAAUUAAAACUGUCGGAAAUAAAGCCUACGAUGUGAUAUUCGUCGGAACAGAUACUGGUAAAGUAGUUAAAAUGGUGAACGCUGCGGCUGCCGAUUCUCGCGAUACUGUCGCGCCAGUUGUCAUCGAAGAAUUGCAAAUAUUCGCUACCAAUGUUUCCGUGCGGAAUUUGAAAAUCGUUCGACCGGAUAUUUCGAAAGAUGGAAGACUGAUUGUUGUAUCAGAUAAUGAAGUGUUGUCAAUUCCAUUGCAUCGGUGUAACGAUAGCAGAAUAACGUCGUGCAGCGAAUGCGUCGCAUUACAAGACCCAUAUUGCGCCUGGGACAAAACAGUCGGCUCGUGCAGAUCAGUCACACCUUUCAAAGGGCCAGAUGAAAAAUUCUUCUUUCAAAACAUCGCCAACGGUGUCCAUCAAGCUUGCCCAGCCACAGGUAAAAUCCUGGACAAACACGCGAGCAAUUUAGGCGGCUUAUCGUCCAAUUUGAAGACUGCAUCGACUUCCAACAGUGGCCGUAGAUCGAAUAAUUUUCAAAACGUCGGCGGCGGCGGUGAAACGGACGACGUUAUCGUGACGGAAGAUAACGGCGGACGUUACUCGAUCAAUAUCUGGUUACUGGCCAUAAUAACUGGCACGCUGGCGGCGUUGGUCGCUGGCUUCGUUGCGGGCUUCGUUUGCGGUCGAAAAUGCCAAAAAGACGACGACGACAACAUUCCGUAUCCGGAUACCGAGUACGAAUAUUUCGAACAAAGGCAAAACGUCAACGUGAGACGUUUGCAAGAGCCGAAAUUAUUACCGCAAGAAGAAGUCACGUACGCUGAACCUGUACUAGUCACGCCGUCGAGUAAAACUUUGAACAGUUCGCCGAAAGGUACGCUGCGUAAACAAGACAAUAAUCUAUUUAGUCAGUUCCAAAAUGGAGAAAAUUAUUACCCUACUUCGGCCGCACAUCCGGCCAAUCGACCCCGUGAUCAUUUCGGAACGUUGCGUUCGCAAAGAGAUUUUGCAAGGAACGACAACGGAUCCGGUUCGCUGGGAUACCGAGAUGGUUUCGGAACGACCAGAAGUGUGAAAAAGGUUUACCUUUGAGACGGAGGGGAGGGGAGGGUAAAAAAAGGAGGAAGUCAUCAUCCGCUCGCCACAGCUACGCCGCCCUCCUCAUCGAUGUCAUCAUCUUCACCCUCUCCUCCAAGCUCGUCGCCUUCGCCGCCUCCAACUCCGCCGCCUUGUAGUUAUAUUUAUAGGUCGUGAACGUGUAUUAUAUAAGUAUAAUACAUAUUUUAUUAUUUUAAUACGUUAAA